CCUUUCCUUACUUUUGUUUCACUGUGCACUGUAGCCAGCAGGCCAGCUGAAGCAAAACAAGUGUUACUUUUCUGUUGUGAUCAUCGUUUUAUCGAGAGGACCGGUGCAAAUUAGCAAUAAUGCUGCAUUGACUGUGUAUUUGAGUGUCUUGUUUCGUUCGUUCUGUAAACCGUACCGUAGCGGUCCGUGCUCGAAAAUAUCGGCUCAGGGUUUAAAGUGAUAUAGCCUGUUUUGUGCCACCGCGUAUUGAACGUAGUUGGACACGUUCGGGAAAAUUGUCAUCGAAUGUUGUGACGAGGGGGACAAAGUGCAAUUAGACUUGUGGCUAGAGUAAAAAACCCGUCUGCGAAGGCAUUGCAGUCCGAUACCGCAACUGAAUUUGGAAAGUUUACGGUGGAAAAUCUCACGCUCCGUGGCAUCGCCUUUUUGUACACUCCCUCCUAGAGUUGUUUGUAUAGCAGAGAGCAGAGGGAAUCUUGGCGCUGGCAGGAAUAGGCGAACGCGAAUCGAAGCUGAAGCUGAGUGACAAAGGAAGGGAUGAUGAGCAGUAGUAGUUGGGUGAAGCUGCACACAUAAAGCUGGAAAUCAGGCUGGCUAGGUCGGAACCGUAGUGUUGUGCCCUUUGCGUACUGUUGAGUUUUACCGUGUGUGCACCCGUGUGUAAACAACGUAGGACAGUAAUCGAAUGUCAGAUAGGAAUAUCGCAUUUUGUGCGUAAUUGAUUAGAAGACACAUUGUGCUGGACGCAUUGUGGUUUGGUUGAACAGAAAUAUCUUCAACAAAUUACGAAACUCCUGACGAAAAUCAUAAAAUAUGCCCACCAGCAGCAUGCAUAGCAACACCAAGUAGUGCAUCGAUGUUACGACGCACACUAGUGAAACGACGACGACUCGAUAGUCGCUGAUGACUGCGUAACGAAGGAAAGUGAUCGCAUCGGACUUCCACACGGAAUCACGUAAAUCCGAACGCGUUCGGAGCUAUUAAUUUGACCCGGAUUGCGUAACGACUACGAUAAUAAGUAGUGGGCUAGUGGCGGAACCUCUACGAUACCUCGAAGUAUCGCCCUGUGAGAUACGCGUCCUACGACGACCAGACGUAUUCGACGAGCUGGCAUAAUACCUGUAUUGGGUUGAGGCAGGAUUCGCAGAUGCAGUAGUAGCACGCCCAUAUCCGAUCGCAAAAUGUCGAUUGAGCAACGGUUUAAUGCAGCGGUUAACGUGAUCAGGGGACUGCCAAAGAAUGGACCGUAUCAACCAAGCAAUGAUAUGCUGCUACGGUUUUAUUCAUACUACAAGCAGGCCACGAAAGGCAAGUGUGAUGAGCGUAAACCGGCCUUCUGGGAUGUUAUUAAUCGUGCCAAAUGGGACGCUUGGAAUCGGUUAGGUGACAUGGACAAGGAAGUGGCUAUGCAGAAAUAUGUAGACGAGUUGAAAAAGAUUGUUGAAACGAUGUCCUACACCGACAAUGUGGCCAACUUCAUGGAAUACAACAUGAGCGAUCUGGACAAUGUGAGCAUCCAGGAUUUGGAAAUGGUUGCGCCGGAAGCAAUUAAAAAAGUUCGCUCCCGUCCAAACUCACCGUUUGCAUCGCGGGAAGCGAGUCCCAAUCGACUCUCGCCGGUCACACCUUCGCCGCCGCCGCUGAUGUCCUCUCAGGCCGCGCCGAUGGUGAAUGGGCACGUGCAUAAACCGAUGGCGAUCAACGGAUACACUCAGAACGGCUAUCAUGCCGGUCAUCAUCAAUCGAAUGGCGUUGUUUCGUCGACGGUGAGCAACGGCGCUAGCUCGGGACCGUCCGAGCUAAGCGACGACGAGUACAUCGAUACGUACGAUGAUGACUUCGAAAGCGAAACCACUACCACCACCGUUUUCCGUCCAAUCGAGGCCGUCAAUCAUGCUCACUACUAUCAGAAUGGUUUGUCCAAUGGGGCAGGAAGGCCGAUGGUUAACGGUGCGGGAACGUUCCUACACGGCUCGGAAGGUGCCGGCUUUCUGCGAAACGAUGUGGCCGCUCAGAUUACCCGAACGAUCGAACGGUUAAACAUUAGCGUGCAGCAAGUAAACAAUCGGGUUAGCGUGAUUGAGCAAUCGAUGGCUGAACUGCGAGAACAGCAACAGCAGCAGGUCGUCAAAAUGCGCGCCGCCUCUGCGCGGUCGGCGCGUCCUGCUUGGUGGCCUUUUGCCGAAAUAUCGCCCGGACUGUUGGCAUUCGUCAUACUGUGGCCGCUGGUAAUCAAUCGAAUAACUGGCAGCUGGGUGCAGAGAAAGAAUGCCUGAAAACGUGCGAAACGUAAGGAUAUUGCUGGAACAAUAGAACAAACAUGGAGUUGUGAAUAGUGGUAAUAACGUUCAGUAGCAGCCACGCAUUGCAGCGGUUUUAUUCGCUUAGGAAGUAGCAGUCCCAAUUACCCAGUGCAUCUACAGCAAGUAAGACGACUCUCGUACGCGCGAAGUCAUCAUAGCAGAUUAGCCAAUAACGUUUGAUGUUUCAUUUUUCGCAACACCAAAUUCCCACAUUCAGGCACGCAAUCACACGCACGCUUAAUACGGAUGGAUGGAACAAUUUAAAGCGACAAGCAUGUACAAAGCGUACAGCGUGUUUGAUGGAAAAGAUGAAAGGAGGAACAUUCCAUUACAUCUAAACGAAGAGCGAACGGAAACGAUACGGAAGCUUCGAUUAGACGUGGAAAUUAUGCAGUAAAGUCAAGUCGUACAGUUUUGCAGUCUCUCUUAUUUGACCCUACAAGGCCCAAGUGGCACGUUGUUAAUUUAUCGAUGUCUCUCAACACCAUCUGCUAAACGCUCGCCGAAGAAUAAGUGCAAUUUUAUGUAAUGUGUUAUUAUUGUGCUUGACUACAUAGUAUAUAGGCAUAUGAUAUUGUGCUGUUCUUUUUUUCUUCUUUAUUAUAAACUCAAUGUUAGAAAAAUUGUUUUAUGAUGGUGCGGAACUUUUUUUUGUUAUUGAUUUUUCCACCACUGUUAUGAUUGUCCUUUUGGAUUGUUUUAGGAAGGAUAUUAUUCGUUCUGUAAGGUUUGGGUUCAAUUAUGGUUACAUUAUACAAUCGGUUAUGCAGUUAAAAUACACAAAUACUGUGGAUGUGGGGUGGGUGAUUAAGAGUUAGCGAGAGAGUAAAACACUGGACAUUGAUUUUGUGCGAUAGGUAAACUGAUAACAUUUACAGCGAUAUAGUUAGGCUUUUGCUAUGGGUAGGCAUAUUGAUAGAGAAAUUGUAACAAAUCUACAAUUGUUCUUACGGUUCGAUACUAAUAAAUAAAUCGCUAUUAAAAGAA